AUGAUUGCAAGUAAAAUCACAGUCGAUAGCGACGUUCCAUCCUCGAACCCUGUACCACCAAAGACCGAAUUGGUCUUCGCAGCUAUGAAGGCGAGCAACAUGUCCUGGGUGCAAGAGAAUCUGCCAGACUGGCAGGUGAAUAUCUAUCGCGCUGAUGCGAAGCCAAAUGAAACCGAGCUCACUGUGCCGAUGAAUAAGGGUAAUGAGGCUAUGGUAUAUCUGACAUACAUCAUUGACAGAUACUCCUCCCUCCCCGAUAUCGCAAUCUUUCUACAUGGCGACCGUUACCAAUGGCACGUCGAUAACCCGCUCUACGACUCCGUCAUCUCCAUCUCCCAUCUGAACCUCGACUUCGUACUCGAGGCCGGCUAUGUGAAUCUGCGCUGUGCGUGGGGCGUCGGUUGUCCCGCGGAACUCGAGCCGGCAAGAUAUCUUCGCGAAAGACCGGAUGAUCAUGUUCAUCCGACGGCGGUGGAGUAUCCGGAUCGGUUUAUGGAGCUGUUUCCAAGGGUGGAGGUGCCGGAGGUUGUGGGGACGCCAUGUUGUAGUCAGUUUGCCUUGUCGAAGGUGAUGAUUCGGGAGCGUCCUCUUGAGCAUUAUAUUCGGUUGCGGAGGUGGUUGAUGGAGACGGAGCUGGAUACGGGUAUUAGUGGGCGGAUUUUGGAGUAUUCGUGGCAUAUGAUCUUUGGAAAACCCGCUCAGUAUUGCAUUGAUCAACGAGAGUGCUAUUGCCGUACCUACGGUCAUUGUAAUAUGACUGACGAGGAGAUUCAAAAGCAUUGGGUUUGGCGUGGUUUACAGCUGCCAAAGGGUUGGCCUGGGCAGAGCGAAUCGUAG